AAACGUGAGCAAACUGUUGACAUCGUAUGAAAACAAUGUAGAAAAAUAUUAAUUGACUUUAAUUACAACGUAUUAUUAAAAUGUCAGACGAAUCAGAAUACGACGUAGAGCCAGAAGAGUUUGAUGUUUAUAAACGAAAGUACCAAUUGCUACUAGAUAGGUGUGAAGUUCUGCAGCAGGAAAAUGAAAGAUUGGUUUACCGAAUUCAAAGAGUCAGGAAACUUCUUAAACGCACAAGAAAGGAAAAAAAAUUUUUAAUCAAUCGUUUGGAUCAGCAUGGUGAUCGCUGGCGAGAAGCACCCAUGGGAGUCCUAGAAGAAAAUAAUGUAUUUCAGGCACCGGCUAAACAAGAGAAGGGUUCAAAGGCGACUGUUCAGAAUUCUAAAGAUGAAAGGACAAAGAAAGGAACAAAAAGGAAAGGUGCAAAAACAGAUCCUAAUGCACCAAAAAGGCCAGCGAAUCCAUUUUUCCAAUUCUGCCAGGAACAAAGACCUCGUGUGAUGGAACGUUUAGCUGGUGAACCAGAACCAAGCAAACAAGAACUUACUAGACAACUUGCAACUACUUGGAAAUCUCUUAGUUCAGAAGAUAAAAAAGUAUAUUAUGACAUGUAUGAACGAUCCAAAGAGAAAUAUGUUGCUGAAAUGCAAAUUUAUAAUAAAAAGUCGGAAGAUGCACCAAAUCAAAUGUCUUUAAAUAUAACGUAGUAUUUGUAUUUAAGUAAAUAUUAUUUGUAAAUACAUAAUUUAUAAUCAAAUAUUUGCACAUAUGCCAAUA